AUGUGCCAGGCCACGGGCGAGGAGCUGGUGCAGGCCGGCGCCAGCGAGUUCGUGCGAGGAACCCCGUCCGCCAUCACGACCAUCGGCGUCGCACCCAGCUCGACGUCAUCCUCAUCCACCUCCACCGCCGUCGAGUCCUCAUCCAUAACCUCUGACCCGUCAUCGUCCACAACCUCGGAGCCCGACUCCACAUCCCAGGACAGUUCGACGUCAACCACACCCGGGCAAAGCGACAGCGGGAGCGAGUUCGAGACACCCGCUCCAAACGACGACACGUCCUCCGGAUCUACCAACAUCGGUGCCAUCGUCGGUGGUGCGGUCGGAGGGGCCGUGGUUGUGAUUCUCGCUGGGUUGGGCGGGUGGCUGCUGGCUCGGAAGCGGUGGGCUAACAGCGGUAACGGUGCCAAUGGCACCCAGGGCAACGGCAACGGCAACGCUACCAGCUACGGCGACCACAACGAUCACGACUACGCCCGCAGCUACGGCAACGCCACGAGUCGUAUCAAGCACAUCAUCAUGUACCGCCACCGUCAGGAGGGUGGAGUCCGGAGGCGCCGAGCGGUCCUUACGAGCUGGGAUUGCAGGAGGCCAGGCAGCGCCCCCGUGGACACGCGAUGGAAAUGUCCGUGGACCUUCCCUUAG